GGUGGUUUCUGAACGGAAGUUUCAGCGGGUGCACACUGUCCAGCAACGCUUGUUGGUUGAUAUAGCUGAGUGUUUUAAAUACAAUUUAGUUACAUUAUUUGUACUACCGUUUGGUAGUACUUUAGGCGUACUCUAGCCAUUAUUUCUUAUGGUUGUUAAGCCCAAUGUACAGCAUUAAGCCCAAAGAAGUUCGCAUUAGCCGAUAUUAGCUAGCUAGUUGGGUACUGUUUGCUGGUAAGGCAGGCUAGACGAAUAGUUGGAAAAAAUAUAUAGAGCAGUAGUUAGACUAUAGCUAACGAUCUUAGCAUUAGCUUUAUAGUGUACUAUAGUCACAUAAGUUGCCUUCUAUUCGCGUUUAACAUGGACAACCACGAACAGUGCUCUCCCUCUGAAGGAUGCGCCGACCGGUCUACGCUGGUGUCAGAGGAUGGAAAGAAUAUCAAGUCAGUUUUGUGCCAACGUUGUGGAUCGAAGGUCCUCUGCCCAGGGGUGGCGGUGUUUGCAGAGAAGGAGCUGUUCCUUCCCGCAAUGAGGAAGAAGACCACUAUCACCCAAUCAGAGGGAUCCAUGGAUGGGGACAAACUGACUGCCCACUGGUUAGUCGAUGAUAUGUACACCUUUGAGAAUGUGGGCUUCACCAAGGACGUGGGGAGAAUCAAGUACCUAAUUUGUGCAGACUGUGAGAUUGGACCCAUUGGCUGGCACUGCCUGGAUGACAAAAAGAGCUUCUAUGUUGCAUUGGAAAGAGUCAAUCAUGCCUAGUGUGGUCCAUAGUGAGAAACUGAGGAAACAUCAGAAGGGUGUACAAUUUGGAACUGAAGGACAAGAUGGACCAACACGAAUGUUGGCCAUGCGCAGUAGAUUAUCUUCUGGGUGUCGGCGGACAGUGUCGAUUCAGCAUGUAGAAUCGUUGGGAAAUGAACAGAAAAUGACGGCCAAUGUUCUGUGGUCAGAGGCAAUAGAAUGGUCACCCUCUGGGAUAGGCGACAUUGGUGUUGGUCUGUCUUGUCCGUAACUCUUUACUCCUUCUCUUUCCCCUUCUGGCUGGUGCUGGAUGCUGUCUCGGUUAUGAUGACUCCUUAGUUCAACAAGGCCAAGCGUCCACUUCUAUCCCUUUUUCUCUACUGAUAAACAAUGGUAUUGAUGUGGUUCUCUGGACACAUGUCUUAUCUGUCUUUAAAAUUGUUAUUCAAUCCAAUACUGUAACUAACCCAUAUUCUGGUGUUAUGCUUUGGUCUGAGGUUAACCCUACAGCCUCAGCUGAAUUUAAUUGUUUGUAUAGGCCUACUUAUUACUUUCUACUUCUGAAAUAUUACUACUAAUACUUAUUGCAGAUGGUAAUAUGAAAUUAUGUGCAGCAUUUUAACUAGUUAGUGUGCUUAUCCACUUGGCACACCCUUCACCUUGCAUGCUGAAUAAUGGGAGUGGUUGUAUUUGAUGAGUGUGCUCUAGGCAUUUGUUGCUGAUACACUUCACUUCAAGUGUUUUGUCUGUUGAUAUACCACAUUGGCUUCGAAGGCUGCUCUCUGCUGCCUUGUUUGGCUCUUCUAUUGCCAGCUGACUCCAGAGGACCCCAUUAGAUCUCUACAGUACAUGCUCAUCAUGUUCUGGCAUUUAUUCAGUUUCAUCUGCAUUGAGGACUGAAUUACCCUUGGCUUGACUAUGUGAGCUAUUGAUCAUGCAUUUCACUUCUCUUGCUCUGCACCCAAGCAUUUUUGAUGCUCUUCUAAACUGUUCUUAACUCAUUAAAAUAAAACGUAUCACUCAG